AGGCGCUCCCGGGGCGCUCGGGAGGGAAGGGAGGCGCUCCCGGGGCGCUCGGGAGGGAAGGGAGGCGCUCCCGGGGCGGACGGGGAGCGGGCGGCCCGUGGCUCCGCGUUUCCGGCUCCAGCCCCCGCCCGGGCUCUCCUCCCGCGCGGGGUCCGGCGCGGAGCGGGCCGCGGGCGCCGCUCGGCCGCCUCUGAUCAAAAGCGCUUCGGGCUGGAAUUUCUGUCCUCGCUGCCUUUAGUUCUGCUCCAGCGCCGGUCCCGGUCCCGAGGCGGCAGCCUGCGGUGGUGCCCGCUGCCCCUUCAGGCGUGCGCUGUAUAAAAUGCAAUAAAACGCAAACUCUGUGCUCGCUGGCGAGAAGGAGAUCUCUGGGUGUGCAGGAGGAGGUGGCUGUGAGCAGUCCCUCGCGUUCCCCCGCGGCAGGGCAGGGCAGGGGAUGGUGGCACUGCCGGGGUUCAGCCGCUCCUCGCCCUCACCAGAGGGGCCGGGACGGGAGGGGAAGGGAGAAAAGGCACAAACUCGGCGGCCGCGGUGGAGAGAGUUCAACAGAUGAGUCAGAAUCUGGGCAGACAAGCAGAGCAAAACAAGGAAUGCCUUCCCGUGGGGUCAGCCAUCUCGGGGAGAGCAGGGCCCAUCUCAGGCUGAUCAACUCCAAAAUGUUACCUCAAAAUCUGUACCAACUUUGCAAAUGUUUGUUUCUGAGUAACUUGAAAUUGAAUUCAGUACAUGUGGCUGGUUUGGCCAGAAGGAUCCAUUCUUCAUCAGAAAAGCUUUCUGACUCUGAGUCAGAGGAACAAACUGUCCAGAAAUGUGAAACUGAAGAGCUGCCUCAAAAUACAGAGAACAGUAAUUCUGGAAGAUUGCACGUACCAGUGAUGCUGGAGGAGGUUGUUAAUUGUUUAUCCCCUCAGCCAGGUCAGCGUUUCCUGGAUAUGACAUUUGGAGCUGGAGGUCACACAGCAGCUCUCCUAGAGAAAGCCAGAGACAUCACUGUGUAUGCCCUGGACAGGGACCCCACAGCUCACAGCAUAGCUCAGCAGCUUGCAGGAGCCUACCCAAACCAGCUUCAGCCUCUCCUGGGACGGUUCAGCCAGUCAGAGGCUUUGUUAAUCUCGUCUGGGGUUGAGCCAGGCACUCUGGACGGCGUUCUCCUGGAUGCUGGCUGUUCUUCCAUGCAAUUAGACACACCUGAAAGAGGCUUUUCCCUGCAGAAGGAUGGGCCCUUGGACAUGAGGAUGGAUCAUGACAGGUGUCCUGCCAUGGCCACGGCUGCUGAUGUGGUGAACGCCUUGGACCAGCGGGCGCUGGCGUCGGUGCUCAGCGCGUACGGCGAGGAGAGGCACGCCAGGAGAAUUGCCUCUGCCAUCGUGCAGGCACGCAGCAUCUACCCCAUCACCCGGACCAGGCAGCUGGCAAGCAUUGUGGCAGGUGCUUUUCCAGCAUCAGCGCUCUAUGCACGGAAGGACUUGCUUCAGAGACCUGUGCAUGUUGCCACUAAAACUUUCCAAGGCCUGAGAAUAUUUGUGAAUGAUGAGCUCCAUGAACUUGUGACAGGGCUGAAGACAGCUGAGAAGUUUCUGAGGCCUGGAGGUCGCCUUGUAGCCCUGUCCUUUCAUUCCCUGGAAGAUCGAAUCAUCAAACGUUUCCUUCAUGGCAUUGACGUGACGGAGAAGUACAACCUUGGCUCAAAGCAGAAGAUCAGACAGGCUCUGAAAAAUGCCUCCAAAGGAGGAGACACACAAGGAUCUCCCUGUGAAAAAUCCAACUCCAAGUGGAUUUCUAUACAGAAAAAAGUUCUCACACCCCAGGCCAAGGAUAUUCAAACAAACCCAAGGGGAAGGUCGGCCAAGCUAAGAGCUGCUAUUAAACUCUAAACCAAAAUAUAUGAUAACAUGAUUGUAUCAUUUCCUGGAAUUCUCUUUUCCAGAAUGCUAACUGGACAGAUAUUGUCAAACUGAAAAAAUAAAAUGAAGGCUGUGAGAAAACA